UCCACGUGUAGCAGAGAAGGUAGCUCACCGACAGACCGUCAGAAUUGGACGUACCAUGAAACUUCAGUGUCCUGUGGAGGGCGAUCCGCCACCCCUCAUCAUGUGGACCAAAGACGGUCGAAACAUCCACAGCGGUUGGAUGCGCUUCAGAGUCCUUCAGCAAACCCUCCGCAUUAAAGAGGUGGAGGCAGAGGAUGCUGGGACUUUCAUUUGUAAAGCCACCAAUGGUUUUGGUAGCGUCAACAUUAACUACACCCUCAUCGUCAUCGCCCUUCGUCACUCUCAGCAAGAUCCUCGAGCAAUUGUGCAAAACCAGUUCAAACACAAUAAACACCUUUUAUACAGACCCAGAUUACACACCUUUCAUUAUCCAGCU